AUGGACUCCUAUCUCUGGGCACUCAAGAUAUAUCGAGUACUGACCAAGAAUUUGCAGUGUGUUGACCAAGCUGAGCUCGAAAAAGCCGACGGUGUGUCCUCGGGCAAAUAUACCGCCGGCCUUGGUCAGACGCGGAUGAGCUUCUGCAACGACAGGGAAGAUUUCUCCAGCGAGUACCCCAUUGUGCAUGGCCAUUACUCAUUGGAGUGCUAUACCAAAGCACUUGAUAAAUGCUAUGAUGCAUAUAAGCGCCAGGAAGAGCGUUUUACGCCCUCAUCUACGCCGGCUGCACAAAAGGUCAUAACGGACCGAUUUGAUUACAUGUGCUUCCAUUCGCCAAACACGAAGCUGGUAUCCAAGGCUUAUGCCAGGCUAUCGUACAACGAUUUCAAGGACCAACCCGACCAUCCCUCAUUCUCGACUAUCAAUCCCUCCUUUCGCACCGUUGGCUACGAGGAAUCGCUCAAGGACCGGAAGCUCGAAGCCACAUUCAGGGCACAUUCAACGGAGUCAUUCCUCCAACGCGUUUCGCCUAGUAUCACGGCGCCAACUAUGUGCGGGAAUAUGUACACCGCAAGCUUAUACUCCUCGCUAGUUAGCCUUCUCAGCAAUGUCGAACCAGAACAAUUGCUCGGAAAGAAGGUUGGCAUGUUCAGCUACGGUUCGGGAUUGGCAAGCACACUUUUCUCUCUAGAAAUAGUUGGGGAUACAGGCAACUUACGAAAGGCAUUGGAUCUUACCAAACGGCUUGAGGCCCGAUCGGUGGUUGACCCAGUAGGAUACAGCAAGGCAAUCUGGCUUCGUGAGAAGGCCCACCUUCAGAAGGACUUUGUACCUCACGGCGAAAUUACCAGCUUGGCACCAGGCACAUAUUAUCUCACAAAGGUUGACGACCAAUUCCGGAGAUCAUAUUCCAUUGCGUACGAUCCGCCGUCGGCAGCUCGGAGCGUGGAUCUGAUCCUUCAAUCCGUAACACCGCCAUGCCGUUCUUCUAUUCAAAAGCUCUUUAAAUUCAAGGGAAGCCCCCGAGCCAUUGGCAUAUUAGCAAUCGCCAAAGCUAGUGGACUCGAGUUAGAAGAAGUUGAGAUACAGCCUGCCAAUGGAGUUCCUGACGAGUACCUGAAGCUGAACAAGCUGGGGAAAACACCUACAUUCGUUGGAGCCGAUGGCCUGGUCCUCACUGAAUGCAUAGCGAUCGCCCUUUACAUUACCAGCCAAGAUCCAACGAGUACUCUCCUAGGCGCAUCAGAAAUGGAUUUCAUUCAUAUCCUUCGCUGGCUAUCCCUUACCAACACAGACGUCGUCACCCGGAUGGCGGACUGGGUCCGCCCCUUGAUCGGCUACACCCCAUAUUCGAAAGAGGCAGUGGAAAAGGCACAGAGGGAAACGGACCAGGCAAUCCAGAUAUUUGAGGAACAUCUACAGGACCGGAGAUUCCUUGUGGCAGAUCGGCUCACGCUUGCAGAUAUCUUUUGUGCUGGAUUGUUGACCUUUGGGUUUGCAAAGGUGUUUGAUGAGAAGUGGAGGAAACGAUUCCCCUACUUCACAGGCUGGUUCGUUUCGAUCACAAACCUCCCGAUGUUUAGAGCAGUUGCACCCGUUGUGCAUAUGGUGUCUGUUGGUAUGCCCAACGAGCGGCCAACGGAGCCGUUCAAGGCCCCCUAA